AUGUCUACAUUUCUCACCACCAAUCAGAAUAAAAUCUGUGCACUAUCUCUCCACAAUCCAAAAAAUAUUUCCCAACGUGCUGAAGAAGCUCAAGUUGAAACUCAUUUUCAAAAUUCAAUUAAACAUGAUCAUAAUGGGCAAUUCAUAGUGAAGCUACCAAUCAACGGAGACCUUACUGUACUAGGAAAUUCAGAGUAUAUGGCAACAAAAAGAUUCUUAGCAAUGGAACGACGGUUAAUGAGCAACAAAGCCCUAGCAACAGAAUAUGAAAAAUUCAUGACUGAAUAUCUAACCACUGGCCACAUGGAGGAGGUUAAAAACACAGACAUCGGUCAACCCAUCACAUAUUAUCUUCUUCAUCAUGCUGUGGUAAAGGAAAACAGUAAAACAACAAAAACUCGCGUUGUGUUUAACGCAUCAGCUUCUACGUCAACUGGGUUAUCUCUUAAUGACAUCUUAAUGCGAGGACCUACAGUACAACCAACGUUGUUUCAAAUCAUUUUAAGAUUUCAGUUACAUAACAUAGCAAUCACUGGUGGAAAAUGUAUCGCCAAGUCAAGAUCAAAUCCAAGUCACCCAUUACAGCAUUACAGACUGUUAACUGUCACAUAUGGGACAAAAUCAGCACCGUAUCUUGCCACAAAAUGUUUAUCUGAACUAAGCAAUCAUUGCACUGAUCAAAGAGCUUCUAGAAUAAUUAAAGAAGACUUUUACGUAGAUGAUUUACUAAGCGGUGGAACUACAGUUGAGGAAUGUUGUCAAUAUUAUCAAGAACUAACAAAUGUACUAAAACAAGUCAACUUUCCUAUCAGAAAACUGUGUUCAAAUUCUGCACAGCUGAUCGCAAAUAUACCAUCUGCCAAUAAACAACAUUAUUCAUUGUUGCUAACUGAAGAUGAAUCCAUUACCACUCUAGGACUAACUUGGCUACCAAACAAGGACGUUUUUAAAUUUGUACUCAAACCUUGGAGCCCACAAACACAGAUGACUAAACGGUCAUUGUUGUCAGAUCUGCACAAAGUUUAUGAUCCCCUGGGUUUCAUCACACCAGUCCUAAUAAAAGGUAAAAUUGUCCUCCAACAAUUGUGGACAAUCAAGGUGGAUUGGGAUACAGUGUUACCUCCUGAUACCCAACUCAAGUGGACAAGAUUUUGUAAUAGUCUACAAUCAAUUGAAAACUUAUCUAUUCCACGGUUAGUUUUGUGCCAUGCUAACAAACGAAUUAUCACAUUAUACGGGUUCUGUGAUGCAUCUCAAAAUGCCAUUGAGGCCUGUAUCUAUGUGCGUUCGAAAACAGUCAACCCUGAGGACUCAUGGACAACCGCACUAUAUACUUCAAGAUCUCGAGUAGCACCUAUUCGCACUACAACAAUACCAAGGUUAGAACUCAACGGUGCAACAAUAUUAGUCGACCUGAUGACUGAAGUUCGAAAGGAGUUCAAAGCACUAAAUAUAUUUAUACCAGAUGACAAUGAGUCUUCUACUGUUGCACAAUGGAGAUAUGUACCGUCACAAGAUAACCCUGCUGACCUUAUAACUCGAGGAAUUUCUGCACAGUCUUUAGAAUCAUCAACUCUCUGGUGGAAAGGACCACAGUGGUUAACACAAAAUAGUAGUCAUUGGCCUGCAGGUUUUGAGUAUGCAGCCAGAAUUCCUGAAGUUCGUACCAUCAAGUCUGUCCUGACAGUUUCCCAAUGUCACAGUGUAGAUUCAUCAAAGGAUCAUAAUCUGUUAGAUCAAUACUCAAGUUGGACAAAACUUAGUCGAAUAACAGCUUAUAUUCAAAGAUUUUGUAAAAAUUCUAAAUUUGCCAAAUCUGAAAGGACCAUCGAUCAUCUCAAUGCUUUCGAACUUAAGACCGCCAAAGAAGCUUGGCAAAGUAAACUUAUUGGCUUAAGUCCUUUUCUUGAAAAUGGUAUAAUUAGAGUUGGAGGAAGACUACAACUAUCUCAGCUACUUGCCAAUCAGCGACAUCCUGCUGUUUUGCCUAAAGCACAUCGUGUAACUCAACUCAUUUUUGAACAACAUCACAAACGAUAUCUGCACGCAGUCGCCCAAAAUUUGUUAACUAGAGUCCGUCAAGAAUUUUGGCCUUUGGACGCUAGAAAUACAGCUCGACGCGAUGUGCACAGUUGCAGUGUGUUAUCGUGCCAAACCUCACAUGUUUCAGCCCACAAUGGGAAACUUACCUCGGCUUCGAGUGCCACCCAGUCGUCCAUUUAUUGCUUUGACUUUGCUGGUCCCGUAAGUCUACAUUUAGGUCCUAGCAAUCGAACCACCACUAAAGCAUAUAUAGCCGUUUUCAUAUGCUUCAGUACUUGUGCCAUUCAUUUGGAGGCCAUUAGUGGCCUAACAUCUCAAGCCUUCCUAGCAGCUCUACGUUUCUUUUCACGACGAGGUCAAAGCUCCCAUAUAUAUUCAGAUAAUGGUACAAAUUUCUGUGGUGCUAAUGCUGAAUUGAAACGACUUUACAAACAAACAUGUGAUAACAAUAAAACAAUUAUAGAGACAUUAGCACAAGAUGAAAUUCUCUGGCAUUUCAACCCUCCAAAUAAGGAGUUCGCUACCUUACUCGAUGAAGGGCAGAUUUAUAAAGGAAAAGAUAAUGGUUUUUCAUUAGAAAAAAUAAGCUCUAAAAAGCUCUAUAAGAUUUCGGCGUUUCUUGGGAAGGAAAUGCCGUUACCUAAAAAUACAAACUUAAAGAAAGUCGAAGAUUAUUUGGAACGCGUUGAUGUCAAAAUUUUGAAACAACUUACUCCACAAGAAGAGACUUGUCUAAUGGCAGAUUUGAAGAUCAAAGCAAUCAAACAAUUGGCAAGGGGAUGGUUAGCUACUUCGUGCGAAACUGAGACUAAAGACAACAGACCAAGGACAAGGGCAUUUGUAGCACGUGAAAAAGCAAAGCGUAGAUUAAGUUAUCAGAAAUAA